AUGGCGGCGUGUAAACAUCUUGAAGGGUCUCCUCCUGCAGUGCCUCGUCUUCUCCAAUCAGAUGUUGAGGGACCAAAAGUGGAUUAUAUUAGUGCGUUGCCUGAUUGCGUCCUGUCUUGUAUCCUAUCAAUGAUAUCCAUGAAAGAUAUGAUGAAAACUAGCAUACUGUCUAAAAGGUGGUGCAACCUCUGGCAUCUACGGAGAAAUCUCAAAUUCGAUGCUCACAAUAUGCUUGGAAAUGGUCGUAUUAUGAGCAGUCAUGAUGAAAGGAAUGAAUUCGUAAAACGAGUGAAUCAAUUUCUCAAGAAUUAUAAAGGAACAAAGAUUGAUUCAUUCAUGGUAGAUUUCGAAUUAAAUUACGAGCCGAGCAGCACCAUCGAUGAAUGGAUCAGGUUUGCAAUUGCAAGAGGAGUUGGAAGAAUCGAGCUGCUUACACCAUCUUAUUACAAGUUUCCCUUUGGCUUAUCUUUUGAGGGUAAAGAUCCGACACUCAAGCAUAUGCAUCUCAGACGGUGUAUAAUUUGUGAUCCUGGAACAUGGUUUGGCAGAUUUUGGCGUAUGGAAACAAAAGAAAAUUGUCAUCCUGCAACAAACAUUGACCUUUUUACGUUCACAAAUUUGAGAUCUCUUAAAAUUGAAGGUUCAACUGUGGAUGUAAACUUGCUCACAACGCUGCUAUCUAAUUGUCUCCUACUUGAAGAGCUCAGCUUAAUUAGUAGCAGCAUAAAUUCAUCAUCCUUAAAAAUAGAAAGUUCAUCAUUAUGCCAUCUCAAGAUUGAAGAGUUGUUCUGUUCAAAAAAAAAGAUUGAAGAGGAUUUGGACGACCACCAUUACCAUAGGCAUUUAAAAUUCAUUUCCUUGGAUUGCCCAAAACUCACAUACUUCUAUUUUGACAACACUAUAUCAGGGAGCUUAUCGAUGAAUGCUCCUAUAUUGAAGACUAUUGAAUAUAUUGUUUCCUCUCAUGCUGAGAAAAUACAUGAUGCUUUUGCCCUCUUCGCCAAGCUUCCUAAGCUUGAGACUCUGAAUUUAUACAUCAAUAAAAAUACUUUUGAGGUAACACCAUUACAAGGUAUUCAAACACUGGAAAAUCUCAGACAAUUCAACUUGAGCAUUGAUGCUACAUAUGAGGAUUUUGAUAUUUGGUGGAUUUUACCUAUUCUUCAAGCUUCUCCCUUUCUGCAGAAACUUUCAGUUACGCAGAGAGGUUCUCUUUAUAUAGAGACCUUGGAGGCUGGAAGGCUUGCACAGCAAGCUUAUCUUAACAAACCCUAG